AUGAAUCUAACGAAGCUUUUCGUCGUGCUGUUGCUGGUCACGGCCGUGUUGUUCGGUGGGCAGGUCGAGGCUGGGCAUUUGAGAAAAUUCGGCAAAAAACUGGAAAAGGUUGGACAGCGUGUGUUUAAGGCAACGGAGAAGGUAGUGCCGGUGCUGCUGGGGAUAAAGCAGCUCGGCCGGAAAGAGGAUGGACAAUGACAGUCACGUGAACUCUGGCACGGAGAGGCUGA